AGAUCUCAGGGCUGGAGCGUUUCUGCACUCUACUUCCUCAGUCUGAGACACCGGUGCGUGCAGUCCCCUUCCUGACUUGCUCAGUUUCACUUUUGAUCUCAGCAGUAAAAAGAAACUAACUGCAUGGGCACGCUGCUUUCUAACGGUUGCUUUGUCAGGCACUGCUGCUGGGCUGCCACGCUGCUCUGGGGGAAGCCACACCUGGGCAAAAGCAUGCCCUCCUCGGGGGCCCUGAAGGGCCCCAGCCUCAGUCAGCACUUCGGGAUGCUGGUGAUCUGCAUCGUGCUCCUGCAGGUGGUCCUGCAGGCUGUGUCUGUGGCAGUAACUUACAUGUACUUCACCAAUGAGAUGAAGCAGCUGCAGGACAAUUACUCCAAAAUCGGACUAGCUUGCUUCUCAAAGGAAGACGAUUUUUGGGACUCCACUGAUGCAGAGAUCUUGAACAGACCCUGCUUGCAGGCUAAGAGGCAACUGUAUCAGCUCAUUGAAGAGGUGACUUUGAAAACCUUUCAGGAAACCAUUUCUACAAUUCCAGAAAAGCAGCUAAGUACUCCUCCCUUGCCCGGAGGUAGGAGACCUCAGAAAGUGGCAGCUCACAUUACCGGGAAUACUCGGAGAAACUACUCAGCCUUACUUCCACUCUCCAAGGAUGGGAAGACCUUGGGCCGGAAGAUAGUGUCCUGGGAGUCGACUCGGAAAGGGCAUUCAUUCGUCAACCAUGUGAUUUUUAGGGAGGGAGAGCUGGUCAUCCAGCACGAGGGCCUGUAUUACAUCUAUUCCCAAACGUACUUCCGAUUUCAGGAGUCUGAGGAAGCUUCCAAGUCAGUCAGAAAGGACGGAGUGAGAAUCAAACAGAUGGUGCAGUACAUCUACAAACACACCAGCUAUCCGGAUCCCAUCAUGCUGAUGAAGAGCGCCAGAAACAGUUGUUGGUCCAGAGAUGCCGAGUAUGGGCUGUACUCCAUCUAUCAAGGGGGGCUUUUCGAGCUCAAAAGAAAUGACAGGAUUUUUGUUUCUGUGACAAAUGAGCAUCUGAUGGACUUGGAUCAAGAAGCCAGCUUUUUUGGAGCCUUUUUAAUUAACUAAAUGACCCGCAGAGAUCAAACACAGCCCUAAAAUACCCAGUGAUCUUCUAGGUUGAAGGCAUGCCUGGAAAGUGGUUGAACUGGUUAGGGUACGGCCUGGCUGCAGAAACCUCAGGACAGAUGUGACAGAAAGGCAGCUGGAACACAGUAGUCACAGGCCAACAGCCCAGCCACAGGCACUUUCAGUGUUUCAUCGAGGGACUUACUUUCUUCCCUCAAAGUGAGAUCACUGCAGCCUUUUAGUGAUGUACCAGUUUGCAGAGAUCUGGAAGUCCAGUUUCUAAACACUUAGGCAACAAUUGACAAUUUUCA